AUGAGGGAAACAGCGGAAAAAGAAUAUGAAGAGCUGCGAAAAACGCUAGGCGUUGGUGAAGAGCUUAAGGAGGAUGAAGAAAGAGCAAACGAUUCCAAUGAGAAUAGAUUAUCGUUUAAAGCAGAUGAAAACAUACACUUAGAUGAACAGCAUCCAGAAGCAAAACCAAUUCAAAAGAAUGAAUAUGGUAUCUAUGAACACAUUAGAAAUAUAAAGACGGUUAAAGAACGAAUGCAGCAAAGGAAGAAAAUUGAAUCGGAAGCGGAAGAUGCAUUUAAUAAUGGAAUAGCCAAUUUGUGUGAAUUAGAAACAGAUAUCGGUAAUAUGAUAAAACGAAUGACCAGUCCAAUUAUCCAGAAAUUUGAAGAAGAAUUAAAAUUGAUUCGGAAGAAAAGUAGCAAAGACACAAAAAUGCUGAAAAUAGAAAUAGCAAAAUUGGAAAGGCAGAUAAACAAAAUUUACGAGGCGCUUGAAAUAUGUGUAACAACAAUAGCUGAAAUGAAUUUAACUACCAAAAGGAUGCUUUUCGAUUUAAUGGGCUUUGUGGUGAAUAUUUUACGAAAUGCUCUAUACAUUGGCGCAUGGAUACGUGAUUCACUAGUUUAUUACACAGAGAGUAAAUGA